CUGCCGCAUAAACUCCAGGCCCAUCUACACGUAUCCUUGAAGGGGUACCUGGGUACCUGAUCCACUGAUGUUGCGCCACGUGACCGUUCAACGGAUCCGCAGCUGCAGCCUAGACAGCCGUGGACAAGUCCGAUGUAUCAUCGAUUGCUGCCACAUCGCAUCUGAUCAGGCCGCAUGAUAGUCGGCCGAUAUAUCUGCCAUGCUUCUCCUCGCCAUGUAGUUUGCAGAUCAUCACAGUGCACGAGUCGCAAAGCAUAACUCACCAUUCGCUCUUGCAACCGGCCCCCCUAUCCGCGUGCAACUGGUGAUUGACGUAGGCCACUAAAACAUUUGUUGGCCUCACUUUGUGAAAACAAACAUCCCAACGGACAGAUAUGCGCCUGCUCAACCCCGCCAAACCCUCAAACGGCAUAUCUCGACUCUCGACACCAUGUGGCGGCGUGUCUAUUUCCUCCUGAUCCUGGUGCGCAUCUACUUUGCACUAUCGCCGAGCUAUCUGCACCCGGACGAGAACUUCCAGGGCCCCGAGGUCAUUGCCGGGCGCGUCUUCUCCUACCCCGUCCACGAAACCUGGGAGUUCACCUCCGAGAACCCCAUCCGCAGCACGUUCCCGCUAUGGCUCGCAUACGGCUGGCCCAUGUACAUCCUGCGCUGGCUAUGGGAGGGCUUCGGGUAUGACGUCUCGCCAUCGGUCGUAUACUGGACACUGCGCGUACUCAUGUUGACGCUGAGUGUCGUCAUGGAGGACUGGGCCAUCCACGAGCUGGUCGCUUCGCCGCGCGCGCGUCGUGUUGCUGUAAUGCUUGUCGCAUCGUCGUAUGUGACCUGGACGUUCCAGACACAUACCUUCUCGAACAGCAUCGAGACGCUGCUGGUGCUCUGGAGCCUGGUCUUGAUCCAGAGGAUAACGGACGACAAGAAGCGCUCUGGCAUCCUGGCUUCGUCCAUCCUCGGCUUCAUGGUCGUCGUAGGCAUCUUUAAUCGCAUCACCUUUCCAGCAUUCUUGCUUCUUCCUGCGACGACUUUGCUACCCCACUUCCCACUUCCAGCGCAAACCGUUCUCUUUGACACGGCGUUUUAUACCCCUGGCGAAUUCACCUUUUCCAAACUCCUCAGCGGCGCCGUCAUCACACCUUUCAAUAAUUUCCGUUACAACUCGGAUUCCGCGAACCUUGCCCAGCAUGGCAUACACCCACGAUACCAACAUUUCCUCGUUAAUCUUCCUCAACUCCUCGGUCCGGCGGCACCACUUCUGUUCUUUCUGCGCAGGGCGCAUAUCUCUAUGAUUCUCAUUUCAGCUAUAUCUGGCGUCGCACUUCUUAGCAUCUUCCCACACCAAGAAGCUCGGUUCUUACUUCCCGCCGUACCAUUAAUACUCUCCUCGAUACGCCUACCGACUCCGCGCAUUCGAAAGAGCUGGAUCAUCACUUGGGUAGUUUUUAACGUUGCCCUCGGUAUCCUGAUGGGCGUAUACCACCAAGGCGGCAUCGUCCCAGUUCAGAUGAACAUUGCCAAGACGAACGAGACAGUUUCCAAUGCGUUCUGGUGGAAGACGUACAGUCCGCCAACGUGGCUACUGAACGGCAAAAACGAGGAGCUCAAGACCGUCGAUCUCAUGGGCUGCCCAGCCGAACAAAUGAUCGAGAAGGUCAAGGAAGCACUACCGCCUUGUCGGACAAGGAAACCACCAAAGGUCGACCGAGGCUCCGUGUACGUCGUAGCACCACGAUCAGCACAUGCUUUGAUACCAUAUCAAAGCCCCAACACCUCAAAAGAGGUCUCAUUGGAGGAAGUCUGGAGCUAUCGACAGCACCUGAACCUCGAUGACAUGGACUUCGCCGACGACGGCAUCUGGAAUACCAUUAGCCGCGUUGUUGGUGAUCGGGGACUCGUAGUCUGGCGAGCAACUCGGAAUUGCUGGUCUACCCCUGAAUGA